GCUAUGGAGAGGAGGAGGAAGAUGGCGGGAGGGUGGCUCUGAGGAGACCUCGGCGGCGGCGGAGGAGGAGAGAAGCGCAGCGCCGCGCCGCGCCGGGGCCCAUGUGGGGAGGAGUCGGAUUCGCUGUUGCCGCCGCCGCCGCCGCCGCCGCCUGUAACUGCUGGACCCGAGUGGGAGUGAGAGGGAAACGGCAGGAUGAAGUUCGCCGAACACCUCUCCGCGCACAUCACUCCCGAGUGGAGGAAGCAAUACAUCCAGUAUGAGGCUUUUAAGGAUAUGCUGUAUUCAGCUCAAGACCAGGCACCUUCUGUGGAAGUUACAGAUGAGGACACAGUAAAGAGGUAUUUUGCCAAGUUUGAAGAAAAAUUUUUCCAAACCUGUGAAAAAGAACUUGCCAAAAUCAACACAUUUUAUUCAGAAAAGCUCGCAGAGGCUCAGCGCAGGUUUGCCACACUUCAGAAUGAGCUUCAGUCAUCACUGGAUGCACAGAAAGAAAGCACUGGUGUUACUACUCUGCGACAACGUAGAAAGCCAGUCUUCCACCUGUCCCAUGAGGAACGUGUCCAACAUAGGAAUAUUAAAGACCUUAAACUGGCCUUUAGUGAGUUCUACCUCAGUCUUAUCCUGCUGCAGAACUAUCAGAAUCUGAAUUUUACAGGGUUCCGAAAAAUCCUUAAAAAGCAUGACAAGAUCCUGGAAACAUCUCGUGGAGCAGAUUGGCGAGUGGCUCAUGUAGAGGUAGCCCCAUUUUAUACCUGCAAGAAAAUCAACCAGCUCAUCUCUGAAACUGAGGCUGUAGUGACCAAUGAACUUGAAGAUGGUGACAGGCAAAAAGCUAUGAAGCGUUUACGUGUUCCCCCUUUGGGAGCUGCUCAGCCUGCACCAGCAUGGACUACUUUUAGAGUUGGCCUAUUUUGUGGAAUAUUCAUUGUACUGAAUAUUACCCUUGUACUUGCCGCUGUAUUUAAACUUGAAGCAGAUAGAAGUAUAUGGCCCUUGAUAAGAAUCUAUCGGGGUGGCUUUCUUCUGAUUGAAUUCCUCUUUCUACUGGGCAUCAACACGUAUGGUUGGAGACAAGCUGGAGUAAAUCAUGUGCUCAUCUUUGAACUUAAUCCAAGAAGCAAUUUGUCUCAUCAGCAUCUCUUUGAGAUUGCUGGAUUCCUUGGAAUAUUGUGGUGCCUGAGCCUUCUGGCAUGCUUCUUUGCUCCAAUUAGUGUCAUCCCCACAUAUGUGUACCCACUCGUCCUUUAUGGAUUUAUGGUUUUCUUUCUUAUCAACCCCACCAAAACUUUCUAUUAUAAAUCCCGGUUUUGGCUGCUUAAGCUGCUGUUUCGAGUAUUUACAGCCCCCUUCCAUAAGGUAGGCUUUGCUGAUUUCUGGCUGGCCGACCAGCUGAACAGCCUGUCAGUGAUACUGAUGGACCUGGAAUAUAUGAUCUGCUUCUACAGUUUUGAGCUCAAAUGGGAUGAAAGUGGGGGCCUGUUGCCAAAUGAUUCAGAAGAACCAGAAAUUUGCCACAAAUAUUCAUAUGGUGUGCGGGCUAUUGUUCAGUGCAUUCCUGCUUGGCUUCGCUUUAUCCAGUGCCUGCGCCGAUACCGAGACACAAAAAGGGCCUUUCCUCAUUUAGUUAAUGCUGGGAAAUACUCCACGACUUUCUUCACGGUGACGUUUGCAGCCCUUUACAGCACUCACAAAGAACGCGGUCACUCAGACACCAUAGUGUUCUUUUACCUGUGGAUCGUCUUUUGUAUCAUCAGUUCCUGUUACACCCUCAUCUGGGAUCUGAAGAUGGACUGGGGUCUUUUUGAUAAGAAUGCAGGAGAAAACACCUUCCUCCGGGAAGAAAUUGUAUACCCCCAAAAAGCCUAUUAUUAUUGUGCCAUCAUAGAGGAUGUGAUACUGCGCUUUGCUUGGACUAUCCAAAUCUCAAUUACCUCCACGACUUUGUUGCCUCAUGCUGGGGACAUCAUUUCUACUGUCUUUGCUCCCCUUGAGGUUUUCCGGCGAUUUGUGUGGAACUUCUUCCGCCUGGAGAACGAACACCUGAAUAACUGUGGUGAGUUCCGUGCUGUGCGGGACAUCUCUGUGGCCCCUCUGAACGCAGACGAUCAGACACUCCUGGAGCAGAUGAUGGACCAGGAGGACGGGGUGCGGAACCGCCAGAAGAACCGGCCAUGGAAGUACAGCCAGAGCAUCUCCCUGCGCCGGCCUCGCCUCGCCUCUCAAUCCAAGGCUCGUGACACUAAGGUAUUGAUAGAAGACACAGAUGACGAAGCUAACACUUGAAUCCUCUGAAGUCUAGACUAACAUCCUGGGUUUUCCUACUCUACAAUUCUUUUCUCGACCAACGCAACCUCUAGAACCUUUCCAGCUGAAAACAGGAGAAGACAUAUAACACAUUUUCCGAGCUCUUCCAGAUCGGAUCCUAUGGACUCCAAACAAGCUCACUGUGUUUCUUUUCUUUUCUUCUGGUUUAAUUUUCAUUUUCUAUUUUUAAAAUAAAUAUUUACUUCAUUUUGCCAAUCAGAGGACAUUUUAAGGAACAAAAACAUAGUAUCUUUUGGAUUGUUUACAAUCACAAGGACACAGAUACCUAUCGGGAAGAAGAACAGGCAUUGCAAGGACCUCUGAUGGGACGGUACCGAGAUACCUCGGCUUCCGCUUGGCCCGGUUUUGACUGGUUGAAACCGGACAUUGGUUUUUAAAUUUUUUGUCAGUUUAUGUGGAGAAUUUUUUCCUUUCCUUCAUACCCAGCGCAAAAGCACUGGCUGCACUUGCAGGGAAAGUGCAACUUAGAGCAGUACCUUCAUUCACGAAGCUACUUUUUAAUUUGAUGUAACUUUUCUUAUUUUGGGGAGGGUUGCUGGGUGGGUGGGAAAUAUGAUGUAUUUGUUACAUAUAGUUUUCGCAUUAUUUAUGAACUUAACCAUAAAAGAAUGAUACAACUCCUGUACAACGAAGGUAAUAACAGUGAAAGAAGACAGGGGAAACCAGUGCUGGACAGCAUGUACGAGGGUUUGGUCCACAGUACCUCUUCCAUGAGACAACUUGCAUCAGUUUGACUUUUUCUUUCCUUUUAAUUUUAAGCCAAAGUUUUAUUCCUGAUUUUUUAAGUUGCUGCUGCUUUAGAAUCCUGAGCAUGUCUUUCAUAACAAAGCAUUCACACACUUCCACAUAACUGGUUGAAAAUUAUUUAAUAGGUCUGAUACUUUUUUUUUAAGAAACAGAAGUGGAAUACAUUUGCCCAUAUUCCAGCCAUAACAACUGAAGUCAUGCCUUACGAAGCUUCAGCAGUAGGGUAACUGAAGUGCAGCCUUUACUGACUCUGAAUUAGAAGACACGGCUAUUGCAGAGACUCUCCGCACCCUCACCGGAUAGUUUUUGUUCUAGGCUUAGUUACUUUGGCCAGAAUUCGAUCAAAGUAAAAGUCUGUCUUGGGGAAACCGUGCUUUUGAGAGCAUCGAUCAAACUGUCCUUCCUGUUUCACAUCAUAUUGAUAAAACAGACCUUGGCAGCCAUUUCUCCCAGAAGUUUUAAAGGAUGAACAUUGGAUUUUGUGCCCUCCUAUGAUAGAAAAACUGCUUUUAAAAUUUGGGGGGCCUCAGCUUGGUUCUACACAAGAAGUAUAUUACUUAGAAAGUGCAGACUGUCAUGGUGUGUGGACAGUGCUCAUUUUCACUUCUUUGAUUUCUUUCCUGUUUCCUCAGUUAUCCACAUAAGCCCCAAAACCGUAAGGGAUUUUACUUUCUUAAAUGUGGUUGGCAUUAAAUUUAGCAUUUUCACUUGCUUAGUCUUAAAACCAUACUGUUAUUACCCCUUAAUAUGCCCCUCUCGUCAUCAGCUCUUCUCCCGCCUUCCACAAGUCUGCUCGUCCCUGUCGUAAUUCCCGUAAAUUGAAGUUACUGUUACUUACUACCAAACUUCCAUCAACUGACAAAUAGUUUUUUAAAGGAAUUUCUUUCACCUUUAUUCUGACAAGCUUCCAAAACGUGUUCCCUCCCUGAAUUGGGAUUUUUUUUUCCCUGAAAAAUCAUACAACUUUGUGGCCUUUAUUGCUUUUUUGUUUUGCCAAGCACAUUCCUUGGCCUGAAACAGAAAAUGAGAAGUUUAAUUAUUUGGGUUUUUUUUUUUUUUUGUUAGUUUAAAUAAAUUGAAUCAUUUAUAGUAAUCAGUGGUGACAGUUUGGUGACCCUUAACAGGUUAAAGGUUGCAUUAUUUAUACUUGGGAUUUUUUUUCCAACCUGUUUUUGUACUUUAAAACUAUGGGGGAGUAUCACUGGUCUGUCAGGAAAUAGCAGUAAUUAUUACUGAGUUACCUAGAUCAGUCCAGUGGACCAGUCAUUCCUUGUACAAAUAAAAUUGGUGGUACUAAUGUGUAUCCAGAGCAAUUUGAAUUGUCAACUUCAUUCUCUAUUAGUAAACCUAUAUAAUGACACAUGUAAAAGCUGACAGUUGACUUCUGAUAUUUGAACUCCAAAGGGUUUUUACUGCAGUGUAUCCUAUGACCAAUUAGGUCUUUCUUCAACUGUCACAAUUCUAGGCCCUAAUCAGUAUUAUUUUUUUGCAGUGUUAGAAUGUGUUCUUUUCCUGAUGUUUGUGCUGUUGGCAUCGUCUGUUCAAGAAUGAUAAGACUUAUGUAACUUUCAGCUUACUAUGACAGACGCUCAGAUAUGUAUUUAAACCCAGCAGCUUUAUGUUCCUCCUAAAGCUGUAAAAAGAGGGCUAUUCCUCCUCAAGAGGGAACAGUUUGGUAGACAGAAUAUAUAUUUAAUUUUUUUUCCUCCAAAAAAAGGCUAUGGGCAUUUUUGUCUCCUAACUCUUAUAUGCCCAGCAGUUAUGAAUUCUGUGUUGUACCUAAAAUUUUAUUGGAGCUUCCUGUACACUGAAACUCUCAAUAGGACUCUUAGGAAAUGAAUAUCAAAGAGUCAUUUUAAAGUAGCGGCAAUCUAACCAAAGGUAAAACUUCGUCUGAUUUUAGUUUUAGAAAUUCUAGUUUUAUUUUAUUUGAGAAUCACUCAAUUUAUGAUAUCAGUAGAAAUACUCCCCAAAUGAAUGAAAAGGGAGUAUAAAUAAAAUAAUAAAAUUCCUUUUUCAUUUUACGAUACAUAGUAUGGGAAGCAUUGAUGUGUGUAGAGAAGGUAAAAGACAAAAGGAGUGUGCUUUCUAUGCACAAAUAUGCACCUAUUAUUAAGGCUACUUAUACGGCUAAAAUGGAAUAAUCCAAGGUUUCACAUCACACAGAGAGACAGUAACAUGAUCGCAUAGAAAGUCACCGUUACUGACGUUGUGAGUUAUUUGUAAGAUUGGAAAGAAGGUGAAAAUCCAUGUGCGGCUUUCUUUUCCAGCAUCAGCCAUUUUUCUCCUUAAAAAAGCUGCUUGACUUCAGGUACAGAAGCAGUGACAUGAGGGGAGAAUGUCAGUCACCUCGGCAGUAACCGGUGUGGACCGGUUAAAGACGGAAAGUGGGGCCCCGCCCCUGGGAUCUGUGACAUCCCAAUAUUCUCAACACGACAGUUCUAAGAUUUUAACUGAGAUUUUAUUAGAAGUAACGUGUUGGUAUAUGGUAUCCUUCCACGUGGUUUGACCAAAGUACUAGAGGUAACUAGAGAAAGCAGUUUGUCCUUUCCUAACAGGUGAACUAAGGCAAGUGCAGAGUAGACUAAAGUAGCCCUUCACUGAGACACACAGGCAUCAGAUGAGCAGACACUGAGUCGAAGAAAAAUGGAAUAAUGGUGGGGACAGCAGAGAAGAGCAAGAGCACGCUGGGCCGUGGCAGCAGCAGCGGGGCAGUGGGGAAGGGAUGUGAGCUCCAGGAUGGAGGCGGUGAUGGCUGGCUGGCUCUCCUGUCAGUGGCUGUAUUGCUGCCGGAGACCUGCCUUUACCUUCCUGCCAUGUUUCUCCACUGCUUUGCAUUAUUCAGAAUGCAAAGUUCUUUGAGUUCUUUUCACGCAAGUGCAGGUUUCUUAGCAAUGACUAGAAAAAUUGUUUAGCUGAAGGAAGAUAAUUUAGAAAAUAACUAUCCAUGGUAUUAUUUUAUUCAAAAACCUAGGAUUCUCUCAAGUGAUUGCACUUUAUUUGGUAAACAAACUUCAGAUUAUUGUUUUCUGAAAUCGUUUGCAUGAAAUUUGUGUAGCUAUCCCCAAAAAAAACAAGUACUUCUUUCUAUACAACAUACUGUAAUUUUUAAAAUUAAGAUAGCUUCUCAAUUGAAAAAAAUUAUGUUGAAUCUAUGGCUUUCUCAACUAUAAAAUCACCAUACUUUUGUCAAAUCUUAAUUUUUUUUUUUAAAGCCAAUAACAGACAAGAUCUAUAGUCACUAGAUUUGGACAGUGAAAGUUCUAAUAGAAUACCAGGAAAAGGUAAUGAAAAAUAAAUUUAUCAGCUUAAUUCAUUUUCUUUUAUGAUGCAUCUACAUUUUAUUUCUUUCUUUUGAUGAUUAGCCGAAGCAAGGAAAGGCAAAGAUUUUGUAAGUUAAACACACAUACGUUUUUUCAUUUCAGGUAUCAAUCUUGAUAGCAAAUCUUAAAAGCUAACUUUCUGCAUUGUGUUUUCAGUCUGUACAAUGUCAGAGCACAGUGGUAAUGUGGGAAAGAACUGAUUAUAUUAGAGCAUAAGAAAUUUGUGCUAGUCAGCACUACAAACUAAUAAUUUAACCAGCAUUAAGCCGCACUCACCAAAUAUGAAAAAGUAAAAGCAGAUUUUGUUAGAUUUGGAAGAGCUUAAUUUAAGCAGCAUGGGAAGUUUGCCUGGGAAUGGAGAGGAGCCUGCUAAUCGGUAUGGCUCAGGAUGCCUUUCUUGUAUGAACUGGCGAAACUCUGAUAAUCACUGAGCUGCCCCUUACAAACAACCUUCGGAAUGUGUUUGCAUACUUGCUGUGGAAGAGGGAGUCAGAGGGACAAGAUGAGAGUUUCCCCUGAAGUGAAGCAUAUCAUACUGAUUUUCAUCUAAAGUAUGUUUCCUUAUAGCAGACCUUUGGUUUAUUUUAUUAUUAAAUCAAAGCCACCUUCAGUUUGUUUUUUUUUUUAUGGUGCCAUCAACCUAAGGACAAUCAAAUAACCAAUUGUUUGCCUUGGAUUCUGUGUGUCUGCUAAUGACAGUCUCAUCUUGUGUACCUUCAGACCCGUUACUUGACUGAACUUCCACCAUAUUACCUUAGUUCUUCCUGUGCCCUUUCCUCUGUACCACCGCAAAUCAGAGGAAGGACUUACUACUGGAAAGAUGCGGACUUCUAAGAAGGAGCAAGGAUUCCAUCUCACUAUCGCUUUAUCAUUCUCUGAAGCCCCUUCCCACACUUCCCCCGUUGUCCUAGCAACACCAGCGCGGUGGGGAUAGUGAGAAAGAGCGUGGGGAAUCCCGAAAGAGUCACUGAUCAUGAUAUUGAUAUUCUUUUGAACUGUGAAGUGAAACUGUGAGCCAGUCACAUUUGCAAAGAGAGCAGAACUCUUCAGCUCUACCACAUUGUGAAGAUUCAUUUCUUGCUGUUUUUCCGGAUUAGCACAGAUGCUUGUAUCCGUGAAGAGUAUUUAGAAGGGCAAUAGGGUGUAAAAUGUACGUGUCUUUUUGAACCCUCUCCCUCUACUCAUGUUUCCUUCACCCCCCACCACACUGUGUUGGUCGAAUGAUAAGAUUCUCUGAAACCCUGAGCUAUAGUUGUCAAAAGUAACUAUGGAACGUGAUAGUCCCUGUGGGUGCUUCUUUCCCUUCUUUUCCUCACUUGCUUUCUUUCUUACUCUCUCCACUCUGGUAAAUGGAAAAGGUGACGUCAGAGAAUUGACGCUUGCUUGGACUCAUGUUGUAUCUGUGACUAUGCUAUUAGCUGUCUCCUCUUUCCUUCUUACAUGGGUAGAAUUCUUACGAAGUGUGGAUUUCCCUUCUUGAUAAGUAGGUUAAAUGCACAAUGUGGUACUGUUUUAUAGUUUCUAGAUGGUUGUAUAAAGCAAAAAGUUAAUGUGGUUAUGUGUUUUUAAAAGAAAAUAAGUGAUUGGUUACAAAACUCUGUCCUUUUUUUUCAUUAUUACAAGCUCUCUGUGUUUUCCAA